AUACGCUCGACUCCUCCGAGAGUCAUAGCCUCGCCUGCUACCCAGCCAAGAAGGGCCGCGGUAGCACUCAUCAUCCGCAUUGCGCCCCCGCCGUCGUACCCUACAUCUUCCGGAGCCAGCCCCUCAUCAUCACAGCCGCAGACUACCGACCUCAAUGAGUUUUUCCAACUGGAUUGGGUUCGUGCACCAGGUACACGACCAGAAAUACUUUUCCUCCGGAGGGAGAAUCCGCAAGAGAGCUCAGAUGGAGGUCGUAUGAACGAGAGCGGCCAGGCGAGGGAAGCUCAUCUUGCGUUUCCUGGUGGACGCACCGAGGAAGGAGAUGAAGGGGGCAUGUACACUGCCAUGCGCCAAACUUGGGAAGAGAUCGGUCUUGAUCUCGCAGAGGCUGCUUACGCUCCCAUUGGUCAACUCGACGACCGCGAAAUUACAACUUCUCUUGGGAAACGCUUGCUCAUGAUUCUGUCCCCCUAUGUCUUCCUCCAACUCACUCCUCAAACGACAGCUGUCGAUCCUGCUCCAGGGACAACCAUGCAUUGGGUACCUCUCAGUGAGCUUGUACCCAGUGAUCUCGCCGCCAUGCCAAAACCGCGCUGGUCAAAAGUCACGGUUGACGCAUCCUCACGCCUCGCGUCACGUCACUCGCCGCUGUUGCGUCUGCUUGUCCGCGUGCUCGUGGGCAACAUGAAUUUCCCAGCUAUCAGCAUUGACGCCUCAGAUACGUCUGUGGGCUCCCUCCAAAAGCUGCGCUCCCACGCGGGCGUCCGGCGGCAGCGCCGGCAUGAGGAGCUCAAGCUUUGGGGCCUCUCGCUCGGCAUGACUCUCGACUUCGUCGCCUACAUGACCUCCAGCACCCGCGGCGCUGCAUCCAGCGCUCUCGUUCCGCCAGACGCGGAGGUAGUGCUCAGUGGCGCGCCCAUCCUCGCCCCGAGCCUCACGAGCGUGUUCCCGCGCUUUUCCUACCCGGACGUCAAUUUCUGGAUCUGGGUCUUUGGGAAGCGCUACCGUGAGGUCGUGCGCGGCUGGGAGGCGAGCGUGCAGGCGGGCGGGACGAACGAUCGGAGGAUCAACUGGACGGGCUCUGCGCUCAACACGUUCUACGCUGCAGUGCGCAAGGCAUUAGUCGUCGUCGUCGUCGUCCGCGGCAUCUUCCUUUUGAUUGGGCUCGUCCUUGGCGGCUGGUUCUUGUUUGCACGGGGUUAG